AUGAAGACAGGCAGAGAAAGGCGAAGGAUUGUGGGCGCAGGGCUCCCCAGAACAGGGACAACCUCUCUGGCCGCCGCUUUGCGGAUAGUGGGAUACGAUGCUACUUUGCACGCUCAUCAAGGUAUGCUCGGGAGCCCGGAUGCCAAUGCAUCUAAACUAGAGGAAAUCACUGGGAUAUCGCUUCAAAAGUUGACUUUCUCAUACAUGGCGACCAUGGAUUCGCCACUAGGUGAUUUUUACGCAGAAUUGGCAGAACUGUAUCCGGAUAGCUUGGUUAUCCUCACCACCCGUGACACCGACGAGCAGUGGUGGACCUCCUGGAACAAUACCUUGGGUGUCUUCUAUGGAAAUGAUUGGAGAGGUCGAUUGCUGAGGGCGUUACUCUUGAUCAAUUGGAACGACGCGGCUCUGAACCAAAUGUGCUACAACUACGCCUCACUGUGGCGCUCAAAGUAUGAGGGGUAUGGUCCUCACAUCCAUAGACUUCGCGAGCUGGAAGUAAGGAGGUACAUUCCGACGGACAGGUUAUUGAUAUUCAAUGUGAAGGAGGGGUGGGCUCCUCUAUGCAAGUUCCUAGAGGUUGAGGUGCCUGCGCAGCCGUUUCCCUGGAUGUGA